GACUUCUUCCCAAACAGCAGCACCCGUGCGUCAAACCUUCCAUUGUUGACUCGCGCCCAUUGUCCGCAUUCACCUUGUAUCUACGAAAUUAACCCAAUUAGAGGGCCUAGUUCCAUCCCGUUUUGGCGCUCCGUCGUAUUCGUCCUUUCCUUGUCUCUCCGUUCAAUUGGUUGCCUUGAGGAUAUAUGAAUUAUUUUUCGUCUUUUUUUUACUCCCCUCCUUCCGUGUUGCACUUUGUCAUACGAAGCUUGGCUGUCAGCUCAUUUUACAACUACAAUCACAACACUCUUCUUUGCGCAACAUAACUCGACUGGAGAGGAUAAGCAAAGAUGUCGGAAAAGGUCGAACGUCAAGCACUCGGCGACAUGUCAAAUGGCGCAAAUCACCCAGCGCAAGAAAGUCCAGCGCAGGUGACUCCAGCACAAGUAACUCCAGCGCAAGAGAAUCCAACCCAAGCAACUCCAGCCCAAAAUGGCACACAAAAGAAUGGCGACCCAGAGAAACAAACCCCAGGCCAAUUGAAGUCGGCAAAGGAAAAGGUUGCCUCGAAACAGCAGAAGCUGAAAGACAUGGCCAACAACCCUCCAGGUGGUUUCGAUGCGACGCCAAUUCCCCAUGCGCGAGAUGGUUAUACGGUACGAUUUACGUUCCACCGAGCUGAGAACCUCCCUGCCUCGGAUCUCAAUACUCGCUCCUCCGACCCUUUUAUCUUAGCAACUUUGACAUCCUCGCUAUUGAAAAGACACAAGGAAGAUCCAGAUCUCGUUAUGCGAACUCAAACGGUACACAAAAACACGAAUCCAGAAUGGAAUAAGACUUGGACGGUAGCGGGCAUUCCCGGAAGUGGCUUCCGUUUGAAAUGCCGUCUAUAUGAUGAAGACCCCGCAGAUCAUGACGAUCGAUUGGGAAAUGUUACAAUUUAUGCAGAAUCACUGGGCCCAAAUUGGCAAGGUUUCAAAGAGAGAGGAUUUGAUGUCAAAAAGAGAAUGGGCAGCAAGAGAGCGUAUGGAGUACGAGCUUGCGCUGCUAUGUUUAGUAGCAAUGUUCACAUGGAUGGUACACUAUAUGUCAGCGCAGAAUUAUUGGGACCAUCCGAGGAACCAUAUGGCAGAAUGUAUACUGUCGCGGAAACAUAUUUCUUCAAGCAUUAUUCGCCCAUGAUUGGAAGAUUGGCUGGUACUAAAGCGCCUGGAAGUGAGUCGGGAGAUAAGCCACAAACUGAGAAAUACGAUUUCCAAGCAAAUCAGAUACAACUUCAAGGUCCAGUGCCGGCAGAGUUAUACCAUCGCUUUGUCGAAUUCAAGCCUUUCGUAAAAGGAAUGUUCUCAAAAGCAGGCCUACGAGGACGAGUCUUGAAUAAAGCUCUUCAUCACCAACACGCCCGUGUGUAUAACUUUAGCAAUAGUACAGAAUACGGAGUGUUCAAAGCCCGAUCAGAAGAAGCUGCAUUGCAAUUUCUCAAAAUGGUACACUUUGAUGAAGGUGGAAGGAUAUUCACCUAUGUGCUCUCACUCGAUGGACUUCUUCGAUUUACCGAGACGGGCAAGGAGUUCGGUGUUGACCUUUUGUCAAAACAUACCAUGCACAGCGAUGUAAACAUUUACAUUGCAUGUUCUGGAGAAUUCUUCAUUCGUCGACUAAAGCACCCACGUCGAUCAGUCGAUGAUCCUAGCCAAUCCAGUCAUCCAAUAGAAGAGCUUCCAGGAGGACCACCCCACGAGGCACCUCCCAAAGACCCCAGCCAUUACGAACUGGUAAUCGACAAUGACAGUGGCACUUACCGACCAAAAGGCUCCCUACUUCCCCUCCUCAAGAAAUUCCUCAAUGAGAAUCUCCCCGGUCUUCACAUCGUCACGAAAGAAUGCACCGACGAUCAUCUUACCAAGAUGAAAGAAGGACAACGAGAACGCAAGAAGAAGGAAGGAAAUGAGAUUAAUAUGGUACAGAAUUCAGAUGAUGAGAUCAGUAGCAGUGACGAGGAGGAUUUGAACGAUUUGGUGGGCCCAGGACGCAAGAGCAAGAGGGAGAGACUUGUUGCUGGGCUUGAAGAUCCGAGUCAGGCGGUGAAGGACCUGAAGAAGGACUUUGUACCAGGGAAGGCGAAGGCCCAGAGAGAAGGAAAUGGAAAUCCUCCAGAGACAGUGUGAUGAGGAGAAUUGUGAACGAAGGAUUUCGCUGACGGUUACAAUCAAAGACGAAAUCUAUCUCCGAUGUUUGCAUAAUCAAUCAUGAUUGGUCCUUUUACGAUAGGGACUUAUGUGUGGGUUAAGGGGGUGGAGAGGAAGAAGUUAAUGGAUACCACCACCAUGCUGGGUGCAAAUGAACGAGUCGACGAGUGAUAUUCUACCUCACGGUCACAUCAUAACUUAAUAACGCUUUUUUUUUUUUUUUGUUUUUUUUUUGGCGACGUCCCUUUUUUGAUACCCUCUACUAGGGCCCAUUUAUCUAUUCUACUUCCAUAAUCAUCCCCUUCAUUAGACCAUUGUGGGAUAAUAGUAUGGGAUGGAAGAGAUUGUAAUUGCCCAAGGAAGAUGUUUUUUUUCUUGUAUUGCUUUACAUUGCUUUACAUUGCUUCGCCUAUCGUACCGUAGAGUACAGUAUAGCAUAGUUAGUCUAGAUAUCUUUUAGCAGUCAAUACCUCCUCGUGGUUUUCAGUACUUUACAUUAUGUUGUUCUAAUAUAUAACGGAUUGAAUUAUUGACUGAAUGAACAGAAUGAAUGUAGAUAAAUACAAAUAUAUACCA